UGCUACUCUUAAUUGAGGACAGACCAAAAUGGAAAUUGGUAACUCUUAUUCGGGGACGGAGGGAGUAAGUAAGUAGUUUCCUUAUUGCAUUCAUCAUCCUUUGAUUGUCAUAACUCAUAACAAAUUCAUAUGUUCUACUUUUGUUUUGUAUAGUUUUGUCUUUGCUUAAAGAUUCUUGCAGAUGCAGAUGCAGAAUCACCCCAAAAUGUCUGAAGAAGUAAAGAUCUCAUUGAAGGCCAUGAUAAACAAGGAGAGAACUAAGGUGCUAUUUGCCGAAUCCGAUGGCUAUUUUGUAAAUGUUUUGUUAAGCUUCUUAACAUUGCCUAUCGGAAGAAUCAUGAAGCUUUUGGAAAAACACUAUGGAGCAGACACACCAAUUAUAGGAUGCCUAAACACUUUGUACAAUAGCAUAGUGAAUCUUGAUAGUCGCUAUUUUUGGACGGAGAAUGCCAAGCAGAUUCUGAUUAAUCCAAUAUCUUCAUUCGAUAGCGAUGAUGUUAGUGAAUCCGAGCCGUGUGACAUUGAUCGUAAAAGUGGAGUAUUUAUCGUAGAUACAACAACUUUCAUCAUCUCGGAUGAUAUGCAGAUAAUGCCAAAGCUUGUUCAAACAGCUAGCAUUAUUAACAUCACAGAAAAAGAAGGUGUGGAAUUACUGAAUGUGACUUUUGGGCUCAGUGAGAUUAUGGAUUUGCUCACUGCAUCUAUAUUUUCCGAGACGCCAUUGUCAGACGUCAUACUCGGGAAACAAAUGGAGGUGAAGUCUUUAAAAGUAGAAUAUGAGAACGAUAUUUCACAAGUCAAGAACAAGGAAAAGGAACCUGGGAUGAUAGUUGAAGAGAUGGUACUGAAGAUGAUAGUUCAAAAAUCGACAAAAAAGUUUUUGUUUGCACGAUGUUAUAAAGAAGUUGUAGAUUUCCUAUUUAGUUUGUCCUUGAUCCCACUUGGAGGAGUGGAGAGACUUCUGGCAAGCAACUCCUCGUCGAAAUGCAUUAACAAUUUGGAAGUUUCUUACAGGACCAGGUAUGUUCUUGGUAUCGGAUGAUCUGACUAUUCAACCAUUCUACAUAUCCUCGGUAUUAUGCAAUAAACAUGGGAUUUCAACAUUUGAUAUAGAGGAAUUUGACCUAAAAAUCGGCAAGGAAGAGGCUUUAAACAUAUUGAAGGCUUCGCUGACAUCAAAGUUUGCUUUGACCAACGGACUGUUGCAUCCCCUUCUCAACGUGCCGGUGGAAUCCUAAGCUUCUUUCUUUCUUUUAAGCAGUCUUCACUAGCUUUUCCCUUGCAUGUCCAACUCUGUUGGUGUGCAUAUAUUUUGUUGUUGUUUGAGAAAAUAUAUUUGUGUUUUGGAAAAUGUGGUGGAUUAGAUAUUUGAUACUUCCAUGUAUUAAAAGACACUAGAAUAACUGUCAUAAA